AUGGUUCAACAAGGUAUAGAUUCCAAAUUUUGUGAGUAUAGUCGAAGCAAUUGAAUGGACUUGCCUAAUCGCGAUAAACUACCUGUUGCUGUGAAGAAGACAGCAUUGACAGAUCUGCAUAAUGAUAAUAAAAUCAUGGUGCCAACCUCUGUUGGAAGCUCUUCACUUUUAAAGGAUAAGGAUCCUGAUACUGAUUCUAAUAGAGUUUCUGGCGCAAAGAGACCAUCACUUGACUACCCAGUGAACAACCACCUCCAACAAUCUCCAGGCAAUAAUACGGCUAGUGGACAUCUUGUGUAUGUCCGUAGAAAAUCAGAAGCAGAAUUGGGCAAGAGCAGUGCUUGUGAAAAUCCAAGUAUUAAUCCCUAUUGUCCACAUUCGAGGCAACUUUGUUGUGAAGAGGAGACAGCUCAACCAAAACCUCAUAUAAAGGAGGCCAAGGUUUCUGGUUUCCCAGCAUUUGCACCUUUUCCUAUGGCUUCUUCAUUGGGCUCAUCUGGAAAGCCUUCAGUUCCUAUUUCUCUUGGGAAGUCUGCCAUGAAGUUAGCACCUGUUGAGUCCAAUUAUGUGACAGCUUCUUCUGGCCCUACCAUUCGUAAUCCAAAGCGAUUAAAAAAUGUGCACUGGGAGGAGCGAUACCAACAACUGCAGAUGUUUUUGACGAAAUUGGACCAAUCAGACCAAGAAGAAUAUAUCAAAAUGCUUCAUUCCCUGUCCUCAGUUGAACUUAGUAGACAUGCUGUUGAGUUAGAGAAGAGAUCAAUUCAGCUUUCACUAGAGGAAGCGAAAGAAUUACAGCGUGUUGCAAUUUUAAAUGUCUUGGGAAAAUCAGUGAAGAACUUCAAAGCACCAGCCGAUUAUGACGAAUGUUCAGAUAAGUUGAAGACAUCAUCAUGAUCUUCCAGCCCUUUCGGCUGCAGUAAAUUUCCGCACGCAGUGGAAACUUUCUGUUUGUUAAUUGUGCGUAUUGUUUAUCCUGAUUGUUAUAUAAUCUUAUUGUUGUCCAGUUGACUAAGAAAGUGUCUCGCACCUCUUGGUUAUGAAAUUAAAAAACUGGGUUCGA